AUGGUGGGGUCACCCCGCCAAACCAGAAGUCAAACUUCACAACGACCAACAGAAAGGUACACGCGGAGAAAUUUUUGCGGUCCAACAUUGAGGCUUAAUGAUCGGCAAGCAAUUGACAACCAAAAAUCGGUUGUCGAAACGCUCUCUGGCGCGCCGAUUUGUGGCGUAAACAAAAAUGUGGGGUCUUGGCCACAAAAUUAUCGGAGUCCUGUGACGCAAGAUGUUGGUUCGGACGCAGCCCUGGACCUCCAGCGUCAAAUCAGCAACAUGAAGCAGCAAAUCGGCAACUCCAUCUUCGACACCUACCAGACAUCUUUGACGGGGCGCUACUGCUCCAAGGAGAUGUCGCAACUUUUCAGCCAGCGCAGCCGUCACAGCACGUGGAGGUCGCUAUGGCUGUACCUUGCUGAGUCAGAGAAAGAACUUGGAAUCGAGAACAUCACCGACGAGGCUCUGCAGCAGAUGCGCGAUCAUCUCGUUGUUUCUGACGCCGAUUUCGAGGUCGCUAGGGUUGAGGAGAAGAGGAGGAGGCACGAUGUCAUGGCCCACGUACACGCUUUCGGCGAGGUUGCGCCGAAGGCUGCGGGUAUCAUUCACUACGGCGCGACCAGCUGUUACGUGACUGACAACGCAGAGCUCAUCCUGAUGCGUGAUGCCAUGAGCCUGCUUCUCCCCAAGCUCGCCAAGGUCAUCGACAAUCUCUCCAAGUUCGCCCUGCAGUGGAAGUCCGAGCCAACUCUUGCUUACACUCACUUGCAGCCCGCCCAGCUGAUCACCGUCGGUAAGCGUGCAGCCCAGUGGGCCCAGGACCUCCUCAUGGACCUCGAGGCCAUCGAGCACGUCAAAGAAGGCCUCCAAUUCCGCGGCGCCCAAGGCACAACCGGAACUCAAGCCUCCUUCCUCGAAAUCUUCAACAAUGACUCCGCGAAGUGUGACCAGCUGAAUGAGAAACUCUGCCAAAAGGCCGGCUUCAAGAGCUGCUACGCCGUCUCCACACAAACCUACACCCGCAAAGUUGACCAGCUCAUCGCCAACGCCAUCGCUGGGCUCGGUUCCUCUGCGCAGAAAAUCACCGGCGACAUCCGCCACCUGGCUGCGUGGAAGGAACUCGAAGAACCAUUCGAGAAAGACCAGAUCGGCUCGUCCGCAAUGGCGUACAAGCGCAACCCCAUGCGCUCGGAGCGCGUCUACGCCUUGUCCCGCGAGUUGAUGUCCAAGCCUGCUUCGUUCGCCAACACGCUGUCUGACCAGUGGAUGGAACGCACGCUCGACGAUUCGGCGAUCCGCCGCAUCGAUAUCCCGGAGAUGUUCUUGUUGGCUGAUGCCAUCCUGCUUUCUCUCGACAACGUUACCUCGGGACUGGUUGUGUACCCUAAGCGUGUCAAUGCGCGCGUACAGGAGGAACUGCCCUUCAUGAUUACAGAGAGCAUCAUUAUGAAGCUUGUUGCUAAGGGCGGUAGCCGUCAGGAAGCGCACGAGGAGAUCCGUGUUCUUUCUCACCAGGCUGGUUACAAUGUCAAGAACGAGGGUGGGCAGAACGAUCUCGUUGAUAGAAUUCGCCAGACUAAGUUCUUUGAACCGAUCUGGGGCGAUUUGGAUAACAUGCUCGACGCGAGUUUGUACACUGGACGCAGUGCUGAGAUCGUUGAUAAGUUCUGCGGUCAGGGCGGUGUGCUUGAGAAGGCGCUGCAGCCGUACAGGGAGUACAUCAACAAGGCUGGUGUUGCCGAGCUCAGCGUAUAG